AUGGCUGCUGCUGACAGGCCGCUGGACUGGGAGGUGGACGAAGCAGGCGAGGAGGCAGGGGAGGCAGUGGGGGGAGAUGGAGACGUUGUCGUGCUUCCUGGAGAUGGGGAGCUGGGUGCUGGAGGGGAAGGGAUGGACAUGGGAGGAACAGGGAAGGAUACGGGAGUGGAAGGGAUGGACAUGGGAGGGGAAGGGAAGGAUAUGGGAGGGGAAUGGAUGGACAUGGGAGGGGAAGGGAAGGAUACUGAAGGGGAAGGGAUGGACAUGGGAGGGGAAUGGAUGGACAUGGGAGGGGAAGGGAAGGAUACGGGAGGGGAAGGGAUGGACAUGGGAGGGAAAGGGGAGGAUAUGGGAGGGGAAGGGAUGGACAUGGGAGGGGAAGGGAAGGAUAUGAGAGGGGAAGGGAUGAACAUGGGAGGGGAAUGGAAGGAUAUGGGAGGGGAAGGGAUGGACGUGGGAGGGAAAGGGGAGGAUAUGGGAGGGGAAUGGAUGGACAUGGGAGGGAAAGGGCAGGAUAUGUUAGGGGAAGGGAUGGACAUGGGAGGGGAAGGGAAGGAUAUGAGAGGGGAAUGGAUGGACAUGGGAGGGGAAGGGAAGGAUACAGGAGGGGAAGGGAUGGACAUGGGAGGGAAAGGGAAGGAUAUGGGAGGGGAAUGGAUGGACAUGGGAGGGAAAGGGAAUGAUACGGGAGGGGAAUGGAUGGACAUGGGAGGAGAAGGGAAGGAUAUGGGAGGGGAAGGGAUGGACACAGGACGGGAGAGAUGGACAGAGGAGGGGAAGGGAUGGACAUGCGGUGCAGAAGGAGGGGCACUGGCGACAGAAGGAGCUCUCAAGUUGCUGCUGCACCACGCAUGGGGUAUUGUCAGGAGGGCAGGUAAGGCCAGUUCCACUCACAUUCCUGCAAAACGAAAGGGAAAAACAAACAUGCGAAGGAGUCACACUGCUUGA